CGUCGACAUGUGGAACUUGGCAGAACAUCUUGACGACCGACAUACUCUAUAAAAAAGUUUUAGAAAUAUUUAAAUAGUAUACACUCUUAUAGUGGACAAGUCUUGUUUUAUCUCGUGUAUGCAACGUUGUUAAAAAAAUUUUCUUAAAAUGUAUGUUCAAGUAGUGACAAUUGAUGGCAAAAAAAAAACAGUGCUCAAUGUUUCCAAAUUGACAAAAAUUCGUGAUCUAAAACAAGAUAUUGAGCAAGAAUUUGACAUCAAGACAAACAAACAAAGUCUUUUCUUUCGUGGAAAACAUCUGGAAGAUGACGGCACUCUGUAUGAUUACAGUAUCAACAUCAACAAUGUCAUCCAGGUAAUGAUCAAAUCUGAACAAGAUAAAGACAAUGGAAUAAAAAUAGAAAAAGUAGAAAAGAAAAAAGAGAAAGGUAACAAAGGAAAUGAAGAAAAGAAAGAAGAAAAAACAGAAAAUCCAAGAGAAGAAGAAGAAGAAGAAAUUGAUGCUACAAGUGAAUAUUACAAAGUAGGUGAUGCGGUUGAUUGCACUGAUAACUCUCUUGGAUCUUGGUUUGAAGCACAGAUUAUCAAAAUAUUUAGAAAAUCAGGCAAAUUGUUGUACAAACUUAAAUGGGAUUUGCCAGACACCAAGCAUGAUGACCCAUUUGACAUCGAGGAACAUUCAAUCAGGCCUAGAGCAUGGAAAGCAUUGAAUUUUAAUGAUUUGGAUAUUGGACAAAAAGUAAUGUUAAAUUAUAAUCUAGAAGAUCCAAAAGAGGUUGGUCAUUGGUAUGACUUCACAAUAAAGAAAAUAAGAAAUGUGAAAACUUUGAAAGAAUUAAUAGGCACAAUACAUAUUGGGAAUACUAGUCAGUCUGUAGAAAAUUGUACAGUUAAUACAAAACUUGAUAUUUAUGAAAUAGCAAAACCCAUUUUAAUUGCUGAUAGAAAUGACGAAUUGAUAUCAUCUCAUGUACCUAAAGAUCGUAGAAAAUAUCCUGUAAAGUGCACAACUUGUUAUGAUAAUCCAAAAAAGAAAUGUAAAGAAUGUAGCUGUAGAAAAUGUGGCAAAAAGAAUGACCCUCAUCUCACUUUACUUUGCGAUGAAUGUGAUGUUGCAUAUCACAUAGGUUGUUUGAGUCCUCCUUUGACUGAAUUGCCUACUGAUGAUGAUUGGUAUUGUCCUGAUUGUAAAGUAAAUGCAAAUGAAAUAGUGAAAGUUGGUGAAAAAAUUGUUCCAAAGAAAAAGCACAGUAAUGUUGUUGGAUCAAACAGAGAUUGGGGUAAAGGCAUGGCUUGUGUGGGUAGAACAAAAAUUUGCACAAUAGUUCCCCUUAGUCAUAGAGGUCAUAUUCCAGGAAUUGAAGUUGGAACAAUGUGGAAAUUUAGAUUUCAAGUGUCAGAAGCAGGUGUUCAUAGACCUCAUGUAGCUGGGAUUCAUGGACGGGCAGAAGAUUGUGCUUAUUCUAUUGUUUUAUCAGGAGGCUACGAAGAUGAUGUGGACAAUGGGGAGGAAUUCUUCUAUACUGGCUCCGGUGGUAGAGACUUGUCUGGCAAUAAAAGAACUGCAAAACAAAGUUGUGAUCAACGGCUUACAUUGAUGAAUAAGGCCUUAGCUUUGAAUUGUCAUGCUAAAAUAAAUGAAAAACAAGGUGCUGAAGCUGAUGAUUGGAAAAAAGGCAUACCCAUUCGUGUUGUAAGAAAUUUCAAGCUAGCAAAACAUAGUACAUAUGCUCCUGAAGAUGGUAACAGAUAUGACGGCCUGUACAAAGUUAUCAAAUAUUGGCCUGAAAAAGGUCAAAGUGGUUUUAAGGUUUGGCGUUAUCUACUAAGAAGAGAUGAUCCCACUCCAGCUCCUUGGACAGAAGAAGGCAAAAGUAGAAUAGCUGAGUUAGGUUUGAAAAUGAUAUAUCCUGAGGGGUACAAGGAAGCUCAGGAGAAGAAAGCAGGAAUCAAACGCAAAUCAGAUGAUGAAACUGAAUCUGUUGGUAACGAAGAAAAUACUCCUGUAAAGAAAAGAAAAACUACUUUUAAGUUGAGUAGCGAAGUCUUAAAGAUGAUAAUGAAAGAUUCAGCUAAUGCUAAAUUGUGGAAGCAAUGUAAAGAGUUUAUAUCUGAAGGAAAACAGGCAUACUUUGAGAAAGUUUCAACAGAGUUUGGUUGCAUUGUUUGUCAAGACUUGGUAUUUCAACCUAUUACUACUCCUUGUGGGCAUAAUAUUUGUUUAAAAUGUUUGAAGCGUAGUUUCAAAGCUAGCACUUAUGCUUGUCCCAUGUGUCGGAAUCCACUAGAUAAAGACUUCAAUAUGCAGAUCAAUGAUGUUCUUUCUUCUAUUCUACUUACACUAUUUCCAGGAUAUAAUAAAACUAGAUAAUUAAUCUUCAUAUUUCUUUAGUGAAAUUAUUGAAACUGCUAACUUAUUCCUCAAGAGAGUCAGUAUUAAAUAUUUAUAAAUCAAUUGUACUUGAUAUUUUAUAAACAUUUAGUGUCAUUUAUCAUUGACUAUUUUAUAAUGACUGGAAUUUUCUGAAUUUCGUUGAAAUGAUUAGGAGUAUAAUUAUUCAAUGUAAUUUGGUACAUUCUGAACAUCAAUUUCUCUUUUAUAAGUUCAAUUUUAUUUUUUGUGUUAAAUUAAUUUUUGUUCAUCAUAUCAAUAUUUGAAUUGUGAAAGUAUGAUACACUCCAAGUGCUUUGUAGGAUUAUCUUCUUUAUAUUCUUGUAUUUGUAAAAAUAAUUGUUACAGUGACGAAAACAU